AUGAGCGUCGAAGGAAGAGUCUUUGCAGUGACGGGUGGAGGUUCUGGUAUGGGUGCGGCCAUCUGUCGCCUCCUUGCUGAACGGGGUGCACGCGCUGUGUGCGCCGCUGAUAUCUCGCCGACUGGCUUCGCAGCUUUGAAAGAGUCCGUCGCUAAGGUGAAUCCGUCAACAGAAGUACACUGCACUCCCUUGGAUGUGGCGAAAUCGACGGCAGUGGACGAGUGGAUUCAAUCUAUUAUCAAGACCUUUGGCGACCUCCACGGUGCAGCCAAUGUGGCAGGCUUGCCGCAAGCGAUUGGGAUGAGGAAAGCACCAAACAUACUCGAAGAGACUGACAAGAUGUGGUCUCGGAUCAUGGGCGUAAACCUAUCAGACGUCUUCUACUGCACUCGAGCCGAGAUCAGCGUCAUGAAAGACCUCUCUCCUGGAGACCGGGCCAUUGUGAAUAUCAGUAGUAUGGCUCCCUUGAAGCACGAUCCUGAUAUCUAUGCCUACCGUACCUCCAAGGCUGCUUGCGCCCACUUCUCCCAGAGUGUUGCAAAGGAUACCCAUCCAUUUGGGAUUCGAGUGAAUUGCGUUUCCCCGGCAUCGACCCAGACGCCGAUGAUGAAGGAAUUCGUUGGUGGAAAUCUGGCACAGCUGGAAGAUUGGAAAACCAGGGGCUGGCAAAUGUUGGAUCCCGAAGAUGUGGCACGCAUUGUAGUUUGGUUACUGAGCGAGGACUCGAAAUCAGUGUUUGGUGUCAAAAUAAAUGUUGGCGCUGCGCUGCCCUAG